ACAACUGUCAAAGAGUUAUAAGUCAGUUCAGAUAUUCGAAAUUUUGUUUAACGAAAGAAAAAAACCAAUCAAAAAUUUAAAGAAUCAAAGGAAAUUAUUUAUUGAAGUAAAAAUGUCAUCAGAAAGUCUUCGUAAAGCACUUUUUGCCGUGGCAAUCAAUAAGAAAAGUGACAAAGUUCAGCAAAAAAUUCAACAACAAGUCAAUUUGACUCUUAAUGAAUGGGGAGCUAUAUUACAUGGUUACGUGAAUAUUACAUCUCAAUUAACACAAGUAAAUAAAUUAGCAGAACAACAAGAACAUAUUACAUGUGUUCGUAAAACACUAAAAGAAUGCACCGAUCUAGCAAAAGCUGGUACAGAAACAUUUGAAAAAAUUUGGCGUUUAGUUGAAUUAUCGCUGCCAAUUUCAACAAUGGAUCACAACUGGAUGAAAAGUGUUUUAAAACACAAUAAGUUGCUGAUCGAAAUUAGGGAAUCACUGUCAUCGCUGCUACUGUUCUCAUCAAAUCGAGAGGUCAUUGAAGUCGUUCAAAAAAUGAUGCUUCAAAUCACCGAGGUACAAUCAAGAAUCAAUGUUUUGUCAACAAAAGUUCGGGAAAGUGUGGCAGAAAUGUUCCGACUUCGGUCCGAAAGUUUCAGCCGUUUGGAGGAAUUGGAUAUUGACGAAGAGGAAGAAGAUGCAAAGGAAUGAUACGAUUUUUAUUAACUAUACGUAGCAUUUUUGGAUUUUUUUUUAUAAUUAAAUAAAUACAAUUCAAUGAGAAAAAAAAGAAUUUUAUAUUUU